AUGAAUUGCCCCUCGCGGACGGACGACACUCUCCAACACCCGACAUGGAACCAGAGCCCACCGCCCUUCAGCCCCGACACCACCACCCGCAAUGACUUCAGCGGCAUCGCCAACGCCAGGGUUCAUCGCAGACAUGCCAAUUCCGCCAAUGAAGCGGAUGAUCCAUUAUCAAUCGGCAUACCGAACUCCAGCCAAGAUCAUGAUCCCGGAAAACCAAAAGCAAACGCCACCAGCGGCGAAGUGACCGCUGCAGACUCGGGAGGUGAUUCACCCCCGAGGAGCAGCGGAUCACCUCGCCGCCCCUUUUUAACUUGUUUGACAUCUUCGUCUGUGCAAUGCGCGCGGACUCUGGCCAAAUUCGGCCGCUUUAUCGGUCCUGGCUUCCUCAUCGCGGUCGCCUAUAUUGAUCCGGGAAAUUAUGCCACCGAUGUGGCUGCCGGGGCUGACUUUAAGUUCGCCUUGCUGUUUAUUGUUCUUCUUUCCAACCUAUUUGCGAUUCUGUUGCAGUCGCUGUGUAUUAAGCUAGGCUCCGUGACGGGUCUGAAUUUGGCGGAGAAUUGCCGUGAGCACCUUCCCAGAUGGCUGGUGUAUAUCCUCUAUUUCAUGGCAGAAUCGGCCAUUGUCGCAACUGAUAUUGCUGAAGUAGUUGGAUCCGCGAUUGCGUUGAACUUACUCUUGAAGAUCCCUCUGGUAGCUGGCUGUGCCAUCACAUUGGUAGAUGUUCUUUUCAUUCUUAUCUUCUAUCGGCCCAAUGGGACGAUGUGGGGGUUGCGACUGUUUGAAUUCUUUGUCAUGGGCUUGGUCUUGGGAGUAGUUGUCUGCUUCUGUAUACAGCUCUCUCUCAUCGAAAACCAGUCCAUUGGCGAGGUCUUCCGCGGGUAUCUGCCGUCUUCAGCCAUUGUUCAGUCGGAAGGUCUAUAUCAAAGCUGUGGAAUCCUUGGAGCCACUGUCAUGCCACAUUCACUAUUCCUCGGAAGUGGCGUGGUCCAAUCUCGUCUCAAGGAAUUCGACGUCAACUCUGGCUAUGUCGAUACAGCUGUGCCCCUUGGGAAUGCAGAUGGGGAAAUAAAGUAUCGCCCGUCAAUCCAUGCAAUCCGCGGCUGCAUGAAGUACUCCAUCAUCGAGUUGGCAUUGUCGCUGUUUACCUUUGCCUUGUUCGUGAAUAGUGCCAUCCUCAUCGUCGCCGGUGCUGCUCUGUAUGAUGUGCCUGGCAAAGACAACGCCGACCUUUUCGGUAUUCACAGCCUGCUCUCGGAAUCUAUCUCACCAGCUGCCGGCUUAGUAUUCGCUCUUGCGCUGCUACUGUCCGGCAUAUCCGCUGGAAUCGUCUGCACCAUUGCUGGUCAGAUGGUGAGCGAGGGAAUGCUGAACUGGACCAUUCGACCCUGGCUUCGAAGACUCGUUACUCGCUCGAUCAGUAUCAUUCCCAGCAUUAUCAUUGCUGCAGCCGUCGGUAAGGAGGGUCUUGCCAAGACUCUAACUGCAAGCCAGGUUGUUCUGAGCGUCAUUCUGCCUUUUGUUUCGGCGCCUCUUAUCUGGUUCACCUGCUUCAAUCGCUAUAUGACUGUUCGAACUGAAGAACCUACUGAACGGGAGGGUGAGGUUGUUGUGGUGACAGCUCCAAUGCGAAAUAAUCUCCUCACUUCGGUGGUUGCGGUCGUCGUGUGGCUAAUUAUAGUCGUGAUGAAUAUGGCCCUGCUGGUACUGGUGGGAAUGGGCAAAGCAUCUUGA